CAGGCAUUAGAAUGAGCCUUUAUUCAGAUUCUACUACUUUUUCUUUAGGAACCAUAUCUUGAGCCUCCAGGGAAUCCAAAGGAGUAAGGGUUAUCUAUAUAAAGAAGCCAUGAUCCAGUAGUAUUCAUAAUCAUACUAAAGCCAAAUAUUUGUGUAUCUUUUGUACCCAAAAAUAAACCAUAUACAUGUCGAAUUUGAGUUUCCUAAAGUUCAAUUAUAGCUUCUCAUGGAAGCCUUCCUCUUCACGCAAAAAUGUAGCCAAGAAGAACAGCUUCGUAUCAAGACAGACAUCGAAUGAAGGACAAAGUUUCCAACCAACAAAAGAGGAAAUGAAAUGGGUGUUCCAGAAAUUUGACACCAACAGAGACGGCAAGGUUUCUCUUGAAGAGUACAAGGCUGCUGCAAGGGCCUUGGAUAGGGCCAUUGGGGAAGCUGAAGCAGUGAAAGCAUUUAGGGUCAUGGACAUUGAUGGAGAUGGCUUCAUUGACUUGAAUGAGUUCAUGGAGAUGUUCAAUGGAGAAGGUAGGAUAAAAGAAACUGAGAUCAAGAAUGCUUUUCAAGUGUUUGAUUUGAACGGUGAUGGGAAGAUUAGUGCUGAGGAGUUGUCUCAUGUUCUCAAAAGGCUAGGAGAGAGUUGCAGCCUUAGUGCCUGUAAAAAAAUGGUCAAAGGAGUGGAUGGGAAUGGAGAUGGUUUUAUUGACUUGAAUGAGUUUACAAGGAUGAUGAUGAGUGGGAAGAAACUAGGCUAAGUAUUAGGACUUUGAUCUUGUUCUGUGUUUCUUAAGUUGGUGUCUUAAAAUAUUUAGUUUCACUUUCUUUUUUUGUGAGGUAGAUAGGUUAUAGAUAGUUUGGUUAAAUGUAUGGUGAUUAACUGACUAUCAUGCUUUGUUAGUAAUCGGGUGCAAUUUUCUGAUAUCAAUAUAUAGGGUAAAUGUUGUUUUGUCUUUGUUUCUCU